AACAAAUUAAUGACUUCCUGUUUAUAGCAAUUUUGCUAGAAAUAAACAUGAAUCUCUUUAUUAUUUAAAAAAUAAAAUGCAUUAUGGCUUCCUCAAAUAGCUUAAUUAAAACAAAGCGAAUCUUAACUUCAUGUUAUGUAUGGCAGUAGCAAGGGAGGCAUGAACUUAUAUAACAAAAUAUAAAAAUGGGCACAAAUGCAUCAUUUCCGGAGGCCACCCAGUCCUGCGCUGGCUCUCCGACCAAGCUCCAGGGUCUAUCCCGUCUUACGCAGUCUUACACUGUCUCUGACUCUGACCUUUCUAACAGAGAUAAAAAGAAGAAAACAUCAAAAUUUGCCACACUGCGCAAAAAGCUAACAAGAGCAAGGAGGCACAGUAAAUCCCUCGACUAUGGAAAGGCAAUGAGAGACCUGGUUUCUUCAUGGUCAACUCAUGAUCUAGCAAGCCUGGUUCAGCAGUAUGAAUCUUUAGCCUCUUUGAAGGAACUAUGUAUUUCAUCUAAUAUAGCACGUUCUGCGGCCAGCACUUACGCACAAGAUCUUUCUCAUUUAUAUGAUUUCAAAUACUGCACAGAUAUAGAAAUUGUUUACAAAGGCGUGUGUUUCCCAGCACACAGAGCGUUACUUUGUGCAAGAAGUCCUUUUUUUCGAGAUAUUCUUUCUCGACAUCAUGACACAUACCCUAGAGUACCAAUCAAACUAAGGACACCGGGUGUAGAUGUAGUUCUUUUUUCUGCGUUAUUACAUUACUUGUAUUCAGAUAGUAUAAAUUUUGAAGAGCUAAGUGAAAACAGUCGUGUUGUAUUGACAAAACUGGCAACAGAGUUGGGCAUGCCUAAUCCUCUGUACCAGGACCUUAGAAACUUACUGGAGUCUGGAGAUUACAGUGAUUCGGUGCUUGUGUUUACCAGUGAGCCAGACAUGAAUGAGAGUUUCUCGUCGGAGACAGGAUCCUCAGAGGGUCUCAGUCGUGCCAACCUUGAGCUGCAGUGUCACAGAGCUGUUCUGGCUGCUCGCUCUCCUUUCUUUAGAAACUUGCUCAUAAGACGGGCACAAUGUGGAGAAGAUAAUGUUGAUCAUUCUCAGAAUUUUUGCACACGGAUAGUACUUGAUGAGUCUGUGAUUCCGAGGCGCUAUGCACGUGUUCUUUUGCAUGCCCUAUACCUGGACACCGUUGACCUGUCACUGAUAAUGCGGGGCAGUGCCAGUGUGUGCAGUUUGAGUGAGGUUCAGGCCAUUGUGGCCGGCCGGGGACAGAUGACUGCUGUUGAUGAGGCCAUGGAAAUCUACCAGAUAGGACAGUUCCUGGAUAUCCCAGCCAUCUCUCAAGGUUGUGAGGAUGUGAUGGUGGAGCAGUUAAGCGUUGAAAACCUGGUUAGUGUGUUAGCGUGGAGCGAGGAGCCACAUGGCUCCCCCUGGGUGCUCCGCCACGCUCUCCACUACCUGCGUGAAGAGUUCCUUCAGGUGGCUGCCUCUCCUGUCCUCUACGAACUCAGCAAGACGCAUCUUCUUGAGGCUCUCAGCUCCGAUCUUCUCCAGGCUGGAGAGCUGGAUGUGUUGGGAGCGGUGAUCCGCUGGGGGGAGCACCACCUUGUCCGCCGCAUUGAGAAACGAGAGCCAAACCUCCUGAGUCAUACAGCGCACAGUGUGAGCAGGAAGGGGGUGAAACGGCGGGACAUGAACGACGUAGAGCUCCGGGACAUCAUGGCCGAGGUGCUGCCCCUGGUACGCAUGGAUCAUGUGAUCCCAUACACAAGCGAGAUACUAACAGGAGCCAUCCGCCGGGGCCUUGUCAGUGUACCCCCAACACACAUGCUGACUGACGAGACGGGCCACACCGCUUCUGCUUGGGUCCCGGGCCGCAACAACGCGGUCUACACAAGGCCCCGGCUCUUCACCCCAUAUUAUGAGGAAGGCAAGAGCCUGUUAGAGGAACGGCAAAGCUGCGGACAGGGGGCGGGGCUGUCCCGGGUGCGGCCCCUCCACAUGUCCUCAAUCCCCGACACCCUCUACAUGGUGGAUGAUCCCCAGUACCUGCAUCACUUCCUGUCUGCCCAUCCCGUCCCUCUCCGACAUGUCGACAUUGUCUCGGGCACCAUCCCAGUGCCCAGUGCAGGAGUGUUGAAAAUGAUGGUUCAACGGGAACAAGAGCUGAAGUGCCUGCCAAUGGUUCAGCGGACGUUUGCUCAAGCCUACCUUGACCGGCGUGCUGUCAUGUACCAGCUGCAUCUUCGGGUUGUGCGGGAGUUCGGCUGGCCCGACUCCACUGUGGAGGUUCUGCAGAAUGUGCAGUAUUACUACAACAGGGAACCCCCGCCACAACGGGACCACCCAACAUACGCGGACCAGAGUUACCCUCCCUUGAAUCCGAGGCGACGCCCCAGUCCCCCACCUCGACAGGAAUGUCGACAUCGCUCCCAGUCUCGGCAAACCCAGCAUAUUACCCCAGCCUCAUCACCCACCAAACACUACAACCAGGGCCUUUGUGAGUUCAACUCUGGCAGCGAUGGCAGUGAAGAAGAUUUCUGUAGCGGAACAUUGACCAGCCAGCGCUCGGCUUUAUCAGAUACCAUGCCUGAUAUUGCCAUGGCAACUGCAUCUGCGUCCCAGCUUCAUCUUGGAGAGGAGAACCAGCCGGAUAUCGGUGACGGAGGAGCUGGUCGGCAUGGCAUGCUCUACAUCUGAGUAAAGUCACUGCUGGGACAUUGCAGUGGGAAAUUGCAGUCACAAGGUUUUGAUGAAUGAAACUGCCAUGGAACAGCCUGUGUGACAUAGUGUACAGCGAAACCACAGAUAUCCGUUUUAGCUGAUGUGUCGCAAUAUAACUGCGCAGUAAUUGUCACACAAGUGUUCAACUUGACCAUGGUGACCAUGGCGUGGACACUGCCCUGAUGCUACACUGAACAGCAAUUGUCACACAAGUGUUCAACUUGACCAUGGUGACCAUGGCAUGGACACUGCCCCAAGGCCACACUUAACAGCUGCACAGCAAUUGUCACACAAGUGUUUAACUUGACCAUUGUGACCAUGGGGCGGACACUGUCCCGAUGUUUCACUGAACAACUGUACAGCCAUUGUCACACGAGUGUUCAACAUGACCAUGACACGGACACUGUCCCGAUGCUUCACUUAGCAACUGCACAGUCUUUGUCACACAAGUGUUCAACUUGACCAUGGCUUAGACACUGCUCUGAUGUAUUACCAUGUGGCACAUCUACAAUGAAUUCAUCUACAUACAAACCAUAUGUAGACCUCUUGAUCUUUUCUACAGACGUUAAUUGUCUAUACAUAUUUCAUAUACUUAUAUUCAAGUAGUCCAUAAACUAUAUCUAAAUAUAUAUUAUAUAAUUUAUAUAUAAUUUGUUAAUUUAAAAGUUGUUCUAUUAAUGGCAGAUUUUAACCCGUAAUUUGUAAAGUACUUUUAAAGUAUGCAUAUCGUGAUAGUGCAAUAUUAUGAGAACAUAUAACUAUAAUAUAACUGAUAGAAUUGUAUAUAUGGUUUACAUGGGGUAUACCUCAAAGGCAUCUGUUCAUGUGCUAGGAUUUAAUCAUGGGACAACUAUUCUACCUACAAUAUAUUUGUGUUACUUUUAUGUUUUUGUUUAUUUCGGUUUGGGCCAGUAUUCAAUAUUUAUAAGUUUUAGCUAAAAAAAAAUAAAGGGUGCUGCACCCCGUCCUUUUUUUGGUAGCAUUCUUCUACCCUCAUGGAGAGCCAACAUUGGCACCCUCCUGCCCUCAUAGAAUUCAAUACUGACGACUUUCAAAUAUUUCUGUUGUUUUAAUUAAUGUUCAUAAUAUGAUUAAACUUAUUUGGCAGUUGACACCAAAUAUUACUUCAUUAAAACACAAUUCCUAACACAUAUGGUGAAAUUUAAAAUGUUCCCGAUACAAUAUGCCCUUUUCUCCCUUAACACCCUGUCCCUUCUUCAGCUCCCUGUUCUUUUUAAAACCUGGCUAAAACCCUAUUUUUUUAUUUUAAACUUUUCUUGCAGUUUCUUAUGCCAUUAUGACACUAUUAUUGACUAGUGAGCCAUUAAAUAUGAUCUUAUAUUCAUGGGCAGAAAGUCAUAUUGACCUUAUCUGCAACUCAGUUACUUAUAUCACACAUCAUAUUCAAAGGGUCACUAGUCAACAAGUGUUAUAUUAUAUGACAUUUUAUUUUUAAGAUGCGUUUUAUUCGCAAGUGUAAGAACUACAAUUAUUUCAUAUGCUUUUUUAGACACAUAAUGGAAGGGUAAAUUGAAUGCUUCAGUGUAAGAUCAGAAUUUAUUAUAUAUGCUUUCUGGUGGUUUAUAGAAGUUUACCAGUGAAAUAAAAAAGAUAUUUCACUGUAUCAACACCGAAAGUAGUUUUGAUAUUUUUUCCGGUGUUGCAAUUUAAGCCAGCUCUCACGUCUAAAUGAAAUGAAACACAAUUUCCAACAAGGUCAUUUCUGAAAUUUUGUUUUGUUUUCUUACAAUUUGGCAUGCUGUUCAGGAACAUCUUACAAUUUGCUGCCAUUUAUAUACUUUUUAGGCAUAUGAUUAAAAUAAAAAUUCUUACACUGUCCGGUCACAAUAUAUUUUACAUAGUGAACACCUAGUAAAUAUUUUACUCCAGUGUUUGGCCCCUCGUCAAAUAUAACUUUUGGUACUUGACCGAUGAAAUAUAUUAUGUUUUAACGCUGAAACAACCCAUUAUCCUAUAUAUAUAUAUAUAAACAAUACGAUACAUAAAAAAAAAAAAAUUGUCUUUGUAAAUGUUGAAUACUGACCCAGAUGCGUAAAUAUGUUUUUAGAACAUUGUUAUGUUCGAUGUGCAUUUGGGAUGCUGCAUUUUCUAACAUUGUAUCACUAUGGCCCCCUUUAAGGAUCUCAAAUCUUUAAGGCAGGUAUUCCAUGUGUCCACUCUCCUCUUCUGUUUUCUGCAUCCGUCGCCUGCAUCCCUAUUUAAAAACGGAAAUCAUGUUCCACAUGUCCGCAAAAAGAAUACAGAAAAUCUUUUUUAUAUACACACAUCACAUCUGAUUAUCAUUUCAAUCAGUUGAAUCAAUAUUUAUUUCAAUCAAUCACUUAGUAUUGUCAUUUAAUUUCCAAAGUAACAAUUGUUUUGUUUUUUACAUUUAUAGUUUCACCUGUUUGAUAUGUAAUCAUAAAAUAGGCUUCAUUAAAAUGUUCAAAUUAACAAAGAUUGUUUAAUAAGUUUCAUGACCCUUAUGUCUUUCUUUAUUAGGGGAUUUAACUGGAUUAAUUACAACUUUAGCCGACAGCAGACAUAGAAAGCUAACAGCGUGGACGUGGAAUACUGGCCUUACACUAAAUUCAACAGAAAUCAUGUGUUUCAUUAUAACCAUGUCACUGUGCCUUACAAAGUCACACACAUCAAUUAGUUUUGAUUAAUUAUUAUUAUUUAAAGUAUACAUGACUUGUUUUAACAAGCUUUUUGUUAAAAUGAAAUGACACUUACGGAUGAUUAUUGUGCAUUCUUAGCUUUAUCUGUGAAAGACAUAGAAAAAUAAACUGCUGAAAGAAAUA